AUGGUGAUUUUGUUUCUUCUUCCAGAAAUAGCAGUAAAGAGAAAAGGCUCAUUUAGACAUGUCGGAAACAUACCUCUUGCAAUAUGCAUAUCAAUGGCGAUCGUAACAGUUGGAUACGUCUUGACCAAUGUGGCCUACUAUACAGCCAUUACAGCAGAAGAACUCGUCCUCUCCAGUGCAGUUGCAGUGACAUUUGCUGAACGUCUCCUGGGAAACUUCUCCCUGGCUGUUCCCAUUUUUGUUGCAUUGUCUUGCUUUGGCUCAAUGAAUGGUGGAGUUUUUGCUGUUUCAAGAAUGUUCUAUGUAGCCUCUCGAGAAGGUCACCUUCCAGAGAUCCUUUCUAUGAUUCAUGUACACAAGCAUACUCCUCUGCCAGCUGUCAUUGUUUUGUAUCCACUAACAAUGGUGAUGCUGUUCACUGGGGAUAUCUACAGCCUCCUGAAUUUCCUCAGCUUUGCUAGGUGGCUGUUUAUUGGUCUGGUUGUUGUUGGACUCAUUUAUCUACGAUACAAACGACCUGAGAUGCAUCGCCCUUUCAAGGUGCCAAUCUUUAUACCAGCAUUAUUUUCCUUUACCUGUUUGUUUAUGGUCACUUUAUCACUAUACUCAGACCCCAUAAACACAGGUAUCGGUUUUGCCAUUACCUUGACUGGUGUUCCUGCUUACUACCUGUUUGUCAUCUGGGACAAGAAGCCAAGAUGGUUCCAAAAAUUUUCAGAUAGGGUCAACACAACGCUGCAGAUACUUCUGGAGGUUGUGCCAGCUGAAAAAAAUGUUUCCUGAACAAAGAAUAUGCUGGAAGACGUCAUGUGUAGCUCCACAAGUUGUUGUCAUGGUGCCUUAAUAUUAAGUAGUAGGAGACAGUCGGGGACCAAUCACUGCUUCUAUAAUAGUUUUUCAUUAAGGAUAACAGAGCUGCUAUUUUAUUUAUUCCACUGUACUUUUUUUUAUUAAAUUGUUAAUAUCUAGAAACCUGCAUUUGUCUAGUCUAAAAGCAUACACAUUUAUAAAUUCUCUGCCAUUCAGUAUGCCCCCACUUAUUUGCACACAUAAUAAGAACAUAUGUCUCCAGAUGAAGGGAAAUGAUACCGUGCACCUGUCACCUGGCACUGCCAUCCUUCACUUGUCACUGAUUUCUCUUUGGAUUUUUUCCUAAUUUGACAGCUAAUUUUUGACAGUUAACUUGUUGCACACAUUAUGACUAGAGAUGAGCAAAGUUUAGUUUAGGAAAAUUCGAUUCGUCUGCUUCACCAAAUUUUACAAAAAUAUUUUACUUCGCCACAAAGUGCAUUUUUAAAGUAGCGGGUGCGAUGACAGGAAUCUGCGAUAGCGACGGUCCCCAUCAUUGUACCCCUUAGAUGCCGCAUUCAUAGAUAAUAAUAAUAAUAAUAAUAAAUACAGUGUAAAAUUAACAUUAAAAAAAUUAAACCAUACUUACCACUUCAAUUGGCUUGCGACGGGCCUGCCGCCGCCAUCUUGCUCAAAGAUCUUGCUUGAAAUCUCGCACGGCCUGAGAUGACGUCAUCACGCCAGCCGGAUUGUUGAAAUCAUACGUCACCAUGCACAGAAUUUUGGCAGAGAUCUUCAAUCAAGAUGGCAGAGGCUGGCCUGUCGCAAACAAAAGGAGGAGGUAUGAUUUUUUUAAUUAAUUUUUUUACACUAUUUUAGGUUAAAUCGAUUUGUUACCACGAAGCACGAGAAAAUUCUGCAUCGCAGCGAACCGAAUUUAUCCUGAAAAUUCGGCUCAAAUUCCACUUUGUUGGAUUCGAUUCGCUCAUCUCUAAUUAUGACAUACAGUACAGAUGCAGCCACGUUAGGUUAUCCUAAAGAGAUCCUGGCACCACAAAAUGCCAUGCAAUCUGCAGGCAGCAGGUUAUAGAGCAAGAGGAGCUGAGCAGAUAUAUUUUUAUGGGAAAAAACUUGCAAUUUAUUUGUUUAAAUAUCUCCUCUUUCUGAUUUCACUGUUGAGGAGAGAUGUGUUAUCAGCGACAGCUAUCUCUUUAUAGACAUUUACACAGAGGAUGUUAUCAAUCACUGAUAACAACUGCCCACACGGAUAAUUAAAUAAAAAAGAGGUGAGAUAUAAAUGGAUACGCAGGAGUCCACCUAAGGCCUCAUGCACACAACCGUUUUUCGGGUCCGUAUCCGAGCUGCAGUUUUUGCGGCUCGGGUGCGGACCCAUUCACUUCAAUGGGGCCACAAAAGAUGCA